UUGGUCUUUGUACAGUAGUUGCAGAAUGGACCAGUCGUAACCACUCGAGAAGGGUAAAACAGAACUGACAUAAAAUCAGAGCUGCGCAACUUGUUCUUCAUUUGAGUGCAGGAUGUCCAUGUCAGGAGGUGUAUAACAAGUCUGACCACUGAACUGUCAGCGCCACUGUAAGACACUUGGAAGUAAAGAAGAACCGAAGGAUGAGGAAUUAGUCCAGAAUUUGACUGUAUAUGUAAACUGAAAUCCUAACUUAAUCAAAGCUGAAAAAGCCAUUGAAAAGAAAUAUGGGAUCUAGAAACUGAAUAUGGCUUAUGGCUAGAUGAUUAUAUUGAACCAGAUUGGAGGAAAACACAAAUAAUACAAGUCUACUAACAAAGAAAAAAACCUGAACUCCUCAAUAAUGUUGCAAAUCCAGCAAAGAAAGGAGGAGUCAGUGUUUGAUGCGUGUACAAUGACAGAAAGACAAGAUUUAAAUACAUCAGAGUUGUAUGAUUUUCUGGAAGAAAUUACAUCAGUAAAUACAUCUGAACUGACAACUGAAUUCCAUUCACCUUUUGAGACAAGAGACAAAGUAUAUAAAGCAAAACAAACUGAUAAUGGUGACAGAACCACUCUCAAGAAAGGAGGAACAGCCCCACCUGAAAUCACUCUGAAGGAAUUAGUACAAAAGCUGUCUUUAUAUGUAAAACAAAAGCCUGACCUAAAAAAAGUGACAAAUGCCAUUGAAAGAAAAUAUAGGAUCCAGACACUGGAAAAUGAUUUAUGGCCAGUUGAUGACAUUAAGCGGGCUUGGGGGAAAACACAAAGAAUACAUGAAAAUCAGAAAGGAGCAUGGACAUUUGUGAUAAUGUAUCAAGUGAUGAAGACAUAUGAAAGAGAAGUGUCUCAACUCCUUGAUAAACUGGUAUGGUACAAGAAAAUAAUAAGCAGGACAAACACGUCUCGUGUAAGUUCCCUAGAUCAGUGUGAUAUAGGAUCGGCAAGUCAACAAUCAUCAUCCACAGAAAACAGUGAGAAAAGCCAACCACAGGGCGACAUCUCAGAGUCACACGAUAAUACGGAAGAAAUAGUAAAUGCUCCAGCUUGCUUGAGAAAAAAUGACAAUGAUGGAAAAAGUAAUGGAAGUCAUGUAAUGGAAAAAAUGACGGAGGUCAAAAAAACACAUCAGCCAGAGCAAGUUGCAGUAAAUACAUCUGGAGUGACAUCUGAACUUCCUUUGCCUUCUGAGACAAGAGACAAGAUGCUUAAAGCAAAACAAACUGUUCAUGUUGAGAGAACCACUCUUCAGGAUUUGCAAUCACAUGCUACAAUAAAGUCUGACCCAAUCAAACUUAAAAAAGCCAUUGAAAAGAAAUAUGAAAUACAAAAACAGAAAAAUGACUUGUGGCCAUUUAAUGACAUUAAACAAGCUUGGAGAAAAACACAGAGAAUGCAUGGCUACUCAAAAAGAAGAAAAAUCCAGGCUCUUGCGGUGACAUUGCAAAUCCUGCAAAGUAAAGAGGUGUCAAUGUAUGAUACGAGUACAAUGACAGAAACACAGUGUAAUCUCAAACAAGAUUUAACUACAUCAACGUCAGAUGACUUUAAUAAAAAAUAUAUAUAUAAGCCAGAGCAAUAUGCACCAAAUACAUCUGAAGUGACACCUGAACUCUCUUUAGCAAAGAAAGUGAAAUCAGUGAAAAGAAGCCUCUCUCCUGUACAACAGAAACUGAUAGGUAUAUUCAAAAGGAAACUUAAAAAUCUAAAAUACCAAGGCGGAAUGAAGAAAACAAUUCUGGCACUAUUCCUCAAACAUAUCAAAUACGAACCUUCUCAAACAACCUAUAUACGAAUCCCACUUUCAAUUAUGACAGAGGAAUUAAAUGUGGGAAGAAAUGUGGGGUCACAUGCAUAUCCAGAUGCUAAUAUAGAGAAUGUGGGGUACAAAUUAAUAGAUGAAGUUCCCUCUUUUGCAAAUACAAUGAAGAAAACAUCUUAUGUUGUCAAGUAUGACCAUCGAACCAGGAAUGCUGCAUGGGUGUUUGAGAUAUUGAAUAAAGAAACUCUAAUAAAGGCUUCUCGUAGACCAAACAGGUUUAAACUAGAUGACUCAAUCCAUGAAUAUUUUAGAGGGUCUAAAAAAAUGAAUGAAGAACUUCAAAGAGGUCAUUUGGCCGCUGCCGCCAACCACAAUUGGAGUCAAAAAGCUAUGGAUGAUACAUUCCUCUUCAGCAACAUGUCACCACAGCAUGGAUCUCUAAACACGAAGUACUGGUGUUACUUGGAGGAUUACUGUCGAAAAUACAUUACAGAUGAAAUCUGUACUAAUGUCUAUGUGUACACUGGUCCACUCUACUGUCCUGAUGAAGGAAAAGAUGAAUUCCAGUAUAAAAUCGUAGGACAACUGGAAAACAAAGAUUUUAAAGCUAAGCCAACACAUUUCUUCAAGGUGAUAAUUCUAGAAUAUACAAAUGGAAAACGCGAGCUGGAAUGUUAUAUGAUGCCCAAUGAAAACAUAGAUAAUAAAAAGAGUGAAAAUGAAAAACGCCUGCAGAAAGAAUAUAUCAUGUGCAUGAAGGAAGUUUGUGGACUACAAGAACCAAUUUUCUCCGAGGAAGACCCGGAUAAACUUGCUAAAUUAUGGAAUCUGUAUGGGGAAAAACUGUUUCUCUACAAGAAAAACCUUGAGGACAUAGAAAGAGCCUCUGGACUGCUGUUCAGAGAAGAGAGUCUCAGUCAGGAUUACGAGGAACAAAGAGUAGAGGUGAACUGGAGCGCAGUACAGGAAGAUAAACAUGCAAGUGCCAACGUUACAAUAUAUAGGCCCACUCAGUCAUAAUUUUAUGAAAAAAUGAGAUAAUAGACUGAUAAUGCAGAAUGGGGUAGUCACAGGAAUAAUGGUCUUUCUGGAGUCUACUUUUGUGGUAAAGUAACAAUACAGAAGUAUCAUGUAACUCUAACCAACCUAGCUGCAAAAGUUUAAUUUACUCAAUGUACAGCAUGUUAUCACAUGUAUUAUACACCUCUCUGGAAUACCUGAAUACCUCUGGAUACCUGACACCCCAAUACGUGUCAUCAUUGCAAAAUUAUAGUCCAAAAUAUAAUUUCAAGAUGGAGGUACACAAAAACUUCUGCUUCCGGUAGAGGCGCUAAUUCCUCUAAUGACAAAUGCUAUUGUUUAUGCCUGUUUAACAGAUUUAUGUAGACUUGCAUUUAUUCGACUGUGUAUCUUUUAAAGAAAAUAGGAAAAGUUUACUUACUGUAGCCUGUGAUUGUUGUACUAGAGAUCAUGUGUAAAUUCUUCUGACUAAGAGCAGGAACUGAACAGUAUAUAGUUCAUAUAGCCUACUGUAUAGAACUGCAUCUGUAUUUACAUAUAUAUAACUGUACUGAUAGCAUUUACUGACUCUGUUUUGAUGAGAACUUGUUUUGUAUGCAUGUAUUUAAAAACAUAUUUUAUGUGCUUGUAUCUAGUAUCGGACUACAGUUGAAAAUUAGCCAGUAUUGGCUAAAUCUCGCACAUUUUACAUAUUGAAUGUGUUAAUUUAUUUUGUUGUUUUGUUGGUAACAGGUAACACUUUUAACACUUUCCUAACAGUAAAUAAAGAAUAAUAAAAAGCUGGUAAGGGUCUGAUAAAGUGUGAAACGUAACAUCAGGUCAAAUAAAACACAUUUACAACUUUACAUAAAAUUAAGCAGCCAAAAUAACGCAGCUCACUCCACCAAAGAGGAACCGUGAUUGGUAAAUGGUUUUGAGAAAUAUUUGGUGUUAUAUUGUGAGGGAACAAUCAGGCUUAACUCAUUUGGUGAUCACAUAAACUAUACGCAAAGCCAUCAUUUCUGGGACAUAAUCCGUAAAAUUUAGUAAAAUCACAGGCUUCACUUAUCCCGUGCGAAUAGGCCUCAUUUACAUUUACAUUUACGCAUUUGGCAGACGCUUUUAUCCAAAGCGACUUACAUUGCUUUAUCCUAUACAUUUAUACAUAGGUAUGUGCAAUCCCUGGGAUCGAACCCACAACCUUGCGUUGUUAACGCAAUGCUCUUACCACUGAGCUACAGGAAAGACUAGGACUUGCAUGCAAUGCAAAUACUUGCAUUGCAAUACAAAUGAAAUGCAUGCAAAUAAAAUACUUUAAAAAGCAUCUGUAUACUAGGCUUUCUUUGCUUAUAAUUUAUUGAAAUCUUCAUAAGUUCAUGCUCUAUACUUGAGAAAACAUAUGUAAUUGAACAUGAACCCUAGGGUUAUUUUCUCAGUUUCAAGAACCUUUUAUGCAAAAAAAGGUUCUAUUCCAUUUACAUUAUUCUGCCAUAAAUGUAAUUAGCUUUUAUUGGUUGGUUUAACAUUGCUUUGUUAAAUUGCUUGAUUGCAAAAUAGUGUUUGCCUUUAGUAUACUGCAAUAUCAUACUUGCUUAUUGUUAUAGCAAGUAAUUAUAACAAGUAAC